AUGUUUAUAGAACAGCUCAUCGCCUUCACAACGGACUCCGUCGGCCUAGAGCGCAUCCUGCGCCUUGUCCACUCGCUGCUCCAAAUCGUUGUCAGCGUGCCCAUCCUGGUCGGCUAUGCAGCCGCGCUUUUGCAUACGGAAAAGUUCCGUGCGACAGCCGGCAUGGCUGCCGUGCACGGGACGGCCGCUGCGAUGCUGGCAGGUGCCCGUGACCGCGUCAACCUCGGCCGCCGCUUCUCGCGCAUGUUUCGCUUCAUCGAGAGCUUCCACGGCGCGCACCAGCUGUACAUGCAGCUGAUGGGCGGCGGCCUCGGGAACGACGCAACACGCGCGGUUGCCGGUCGGCCACACCCCAAAAAGCGGUUCCGAGCCGACCUCUGGCUGGACGUGUUUGCGCGCACGUUUGCUGGCAUCUACCUGCUCCUCGAGACGGCCACCAUUGUCGACGCGCUCGACGUGCCCGGCCUGGCCGUCUGGGGCCCCGAGCGCGCCGCCGUUUUACAUGUCGAGGGCCAGCGCUACUGGUUCCUGUCGCUGAGCUGCAGCGUCGCCGCCACGCUCGUGCGCAUGGCCCAUGUGGCGCGCGACGUGCCGAUGCCGCCGCCGACCGACGACGAGAAGCACGCCCACAUGGGCAGCCCGUUGCGUGGCGACGACAACGGCAGCGACAACAACGACAACAACGACGAGACGCAAGGACAAGACAAGAUCGAGAUGCUCAAUGAAGAACGCCUGCGCCUGCGCCGCAUCAUACAGAGCCGCAUGGCGCAGCGGCGCAAGUGGCAGCGGGCGCUGCAGGCCCGCCUGGUGGUGCUGCUGCGGAAGGUCGUGGCCGACGGAGCGGACGUGCUGCUCCCCGGGGCAGUUGUCGGGUGGACGCCGCUGCGGCCGGUGACGGUGGGCGGUGUCAUGCUCUUCACAACGCUGCUGACAAGCUACGAUGUGUGGUUGCGGUGUGGCAGGGAAGUGGCCGCAGCCAAGGAGGCAGAGGCCGAGGCGGCGGCAGCCAAAGCGGCAGCAGCAGCCAAAGCGGCCGAAGAGAAGGCGGCAGCCGCUGAGAAGAAGGAGUCAUAA